AUGGAAUGCUCAUCAAUAUCAUCGGGAAUCAUAUCCCAACUUUGUGACAUCCUCCAGAACCGCGAGUUUCUCCCACAACUAGUAUCGGCCCUCGAGGAGUCAAAACGGCGCCAGAACAAUGGCCGCUUGUUCCUGCAAGUUAAAGCUUCUCUCUGCACUGUCCCAUCAGCGGUGUCUCCUGACGGGUCCUUGAUCUUGGGCUGUGUCGAUCUCAGCGACGGGCAGCUUGUACCUCUAGCGCAGCUUAAUUCUAUUCCCACCCCAGAUCCAGAAGAUCAAUCAAGGGAUGGCGGUGUUAUCCCUUUAACUCCGCAGUCUAGCAUAGAUGAAGCUUGCACUCGGUCCCCAAAACGUCGAAAGACCGUCAGUGGUCUUCGGCUUGCUCCAUUCAAGUCGAUGGUUUCGCAUGACGGGGUGGAUUCUGAAAUCCAUGCCCAAGAUGCUCCAGGGAAUAGCGUAUCUGAUUCCCAAACACACUCGAUACGCCAAGUACACAGCGACACGGGAUUUCCGCAGCGCAAAAAGCCGGGGCGAGAUAACGCUGCUCCUGUGAUGGAGCCCACAUCAACUGAUAAGCUGAUAUCUGGCAUAUGGCGUCAGGUAUUCUCGCCUGUACAGUUGAGUCGGCUUCCUUCCGUAAUAGAGCCCAGUAUCAAUAUCCGCACCGGGGUCAGUGGAGAUGUCUUUCGUGCUGUAAACACGCUCUGUUUGAAAUACUACAACCAAAGCCAGUCGUCUCGAGCCUUGGAAAUGAUCGUGCAAGCGUAUUGGAUAGAAUGCUACGAGGCCCGCAUCGCCGUAAUCCGGCUUCAAAAUCCGAAUUUCUCGAUCACGGAGGCCCGAAUGAUAGCGCUGAAAGAGGCAUGCGCCGUGCUCAACUGGAAGGAUAAAGACCUACGAAAUCGAAUUGCCAUCUGGCGCGGCUACAAGGAUAUCAAAGACGCCGGGGGAUGGGCCAGUCUGAUCUUCGCCAGCGCCGGCGUCUACCGCUUCUGCAAAUACCGCACCGGCUUCGGCGAGGGGUUCUCCACGCGUCUGCGCCAUAUCCGAUGCAGCCUCGAAGUCGCAGCCGACACUCUGCAUCCCGAGUGGCGCGACCUCCUACAAGUGAUCGAUCAGGGCGAAGCACGCCGGUACCACGGUCAUCCCCACGAAUGGGUCACGGUGACCGGCGCCCCAGCGGUCCCUUUAGCCUCGACAUACGCCCAUCUCGACCUACCCCACGGGUUCCAGUACCGGUUCAUCGACGAGUGCGCCAUCGACGCUGCAGCAUUCACCGAUGACCCGCGCCACAUGCCCAGCCUGGACCCCGAGACCUGCCCCGUCUGCAAACAGCGGCAGUCCGACGAGAUCGAGAAGAACCAAUGCGCGUGCUUCCCGUCGCUGUUCGGCGGCAUCCGGGGCCCCGUACCCAUGCAACUCUUCCACACGACCAGCGGCAAGAAUAACGGCGUCGUAGCCCGCACGACGAUCGAGCGCGGGACGGCCAUCGGCGAAUUCAUCGGGCUGGUAACGAGCGGCAUCUGCGGCGUGGACGUGAUGCAGGGCGGCUCGCACAAGACGCGAACCUACCAGAUCUACCAAGGUCAGAUGGGCAAUUUCACGCGCUUCAUCAACCACUCGUGUCGGCCGAACAGCCAGUUCCAGCGAUUCUACUGGCGCGGGGCGGAGCGCAUCGUGGUUGUCUCGCGGGGCGUGGUGGCGGGGCAGGAGAUCACGGUGGACUAUUCGAAUCAUUACUGGAAUCAGUUGGAUAAGAAGUGUCUUUGCGGGGAGGGUUGUUGUCGGUUUGGGGGGAGAUGAAGGGAGGGGGCACGCG